AUGGACAAUGCAGAAGUAUAUUGGCAGUUCGUGGGUGGAUGUACACGUUCAAGAUGUGGAUUACCCAACGCCCAAGGAUCGUUACACGGCGACCGAAUGGUUUCCACUCCAGGGUCUCCGACGUCCUCACCGACGCCGAGCCCGACGCCCUCCCCAACGCCCGAGCCCACACCGAGCCCCACACCGGGCCCUUCGCCGAGCCCAACGCCGAGUCCCACUGCGAGCCCUUCACCGAGCCCCACGACGAGCCCGACGCCAAGCCCGACGUCCAGCCCGAGCCCAACGCCGAAUCCCACAACGAGCCCCUCGCCGAGCCCCACGCCGAGCCCCACACCGAGCCCUUCACCGAGCCCAUCGCCAAGUCCCACAACGAGCCCCACGCCGAGCCCGACAUCAAGCCCGACAGGGUCUCCAACAUCUUCACCGAGCCCCACAGCGAGCCCGACACCCGCGCAGAGCCCUACACCAAGCCCCACGCUGGGCCCUUCAUCGCGUACCUCCGAGAGCGACGCGCAGUUCCUGAUCCAGGCCACCUUCGGGCCUACCCGCAGCAGCCUGGAGGAGCUGAGCCGAGCGACGCUGCAGUCAUGGGUAUGGACACAGCUUCAGGCCCCAGCCGAGUCGCACCGCGAGUAUUACCGCAAGCGGGUCAGCAGCCGGCGGGCCGACGGCAAUCUGAUCGGCUCACCGCGGUCCUUGUGUGCGUACGGUUCCCGUUGGCAUUCUUUUGCCUUCAGUGCCGCGGAUGAGGGGAAGCCCAUCAGCGUCACGGGCAACAAGAUAUACGUCGACGGCGUACACCACCGGAGCGACAUCGAUCCCACUUAUGCUGGAAACGGCCUUCCUGCCCCCGUCCAUUGUACGGACAACGCGAUCCCUUGGAUGGUGAAAGGACAUGGAAGUUGCAGCGAUUAUGAUAUUCAGUCGGGGUUGUGCGGCCGCAGCGAGUCUUGGAGAGCAAAUAUGUGGUGCCAGCAGACCUGUUUUGAUCAAGGCAACCGAUACGGGACGGACGACUGCUCUCCAGGUUGGGUCUCCUUGAAAGUUUCCGGCUACCUCUGCAACGUCGAGGAUGAGCUGGGUGGCGUCCUGGGUAUUGGAACUUCGUCCUGCGACAACAAGCGCUACUUCUUGAAUCCUGCCAUCUGGUUCUCCAGCUCCCCGGGCGACCCCGACACGUCGCUGACUUUUGACCAGGUCAGGCCCGGGGUCAUCACGCUCGCGCAGCGCCACGGCGAGCCCAGCGCCUCGUGCGACCUGGGCCUGUUCGUGCACCACGGCGGCCAGUACUACGUGUCCGACCCGAGGCUGGAGCUGCUCCAGAACGACCUGGCCUCCCCCUCGGGCGGCGACCAGAACGCCUGCCGCGCCGUGCCGAGGACGUUCCUCAACGAGGGCAGCUGCCAGCUGCGCGCCGCCUGCGGCGCCCUCGCGGUGGGCGACACCUCGCCCCCGGCGACCUUCGUCCUGAACGCCGCGACCUUGCAGCUCUUCCACGAGUCCUCGGCCCAGAGGUACGUGUACGAGGUCACGGGCCUCGUCGACGUCGCGUCGCCCUGCGGGAGGCGCUCGCGGUGGAGGCUCCUGGACUGCGGCUCGGAGGCGUGCGGCGAGAGCGUCGGGAGCGCCACCGAGGCCGCCGCCGUGGCCGCGGCCCUCUCGCAGGAGGCCGGCCCCCUCCGCGACGUGUACGUGAGCUGCGAGGGCGUGGCGGCCGGUGCCGUCGUCCAGAGUGGCGCCAGCUACUUCAUGCACGUGCACUCCAACGAGCACAACGUCUACGACUUCACGAAGUGGGUCAGCGACCACCCGGGCGGCACGGAGCCGAUCACGCGGUGGGCCACGGGCGACUUCAGGCUCGAGUUCCCGUCCUGGCACCCGAUCGGCCGCUGGGCCACUGCGCAGCCGUCCCUGGAGUACAUCGGGAGGCUGGGCGACACCGUCGACUUCGAGGCCCUGCCGGUGGCGCUUCAGGCCGCCUGGACGGUGGGCUACGAGUCGUGCGGGUCGCCUGGCGAGGUGGCGAACGAUCCGAGGCUUGGGCACCAUUUCAGCUUCUACACCGACUACACCUCGGGCCUCAACGACCUUGAUUUCGAGGUUCCUUCUUUUAGACCUUCGUCUGAGCUCUCCAGAACAACGGUAUGGACCAUGAUGGCGCUGGACGCAAAUGACCAGCUACGGCAACGGGCUGCUUGGGCGCUCUCUCAGAUCCUGGUGGCCAGCACGAACGGCCUCUCCCAGCAUGCCCGGUUCCAGUCAGAGGGCUGGGUGAAUUACUACGACAUAUUCGUGCGGAACGCGUUUGGCAACUACCGCGAUGUGCUCAGGGAGGUCACCUACAGCCCUAUCAUGGCCGAGUACCUGAGCUUCCGGAACAACCAGGCGCUGGACUCCAGCGGGAGCUACCCCGACGAGAACUACGCGCGGGAGAUCAUGCAGCUCUUCACGAUAGGCCUCUGGGAUCUCAACCAGGACGGCACCAGGAAGACCGACGCCAAUGGAGACUUCGUGCCCGCGUACAGCAACGACGACAUCAUGAACUUCGCGCGCGUGCUCACCGGCUUCACGGAGCAGGCCGAGCGCCCCAACAUCGAGAGCUACAACAAGGAAGAGGAACUUUGUGGACCCGAUGCGGAUGGUGGGGGACUGGCACGACGUGUACCCGAAGCCAGACCUGAGCGGCGGCUACUUGGGCGACGGCUACCCGCUGUGCUCGGACCUCCCGCCGCGGGCCUUCCUGCUCGAGGGGGCGAGGUACAGGUUCGUGGGGUACGCCUACUCCGGAAGCGACGUUCUCGUGCUGAAUUCCAGCUCGGCGCUGUACGCCGCGCUGGCGCAGAUCAGGCUCAGCGUGGAGCUCGGCAGCACCCUCGGCUGCCACGCCGCGGAGUGCACCGCCCACAGCGUCCACGUGGUCCAGGCCGGGCAGGGCUAUUAUGA